UUUAAGACAUGUUUUCAAGCAUUCGGGGAUUUUUGAGUCGUCACAGGCGUAAGUUUAUAUUUGGGAGCGUCAUUAUUAGCAGCGUCAUCUUCUUGACGCGUUACACGCAGCGUAAGCUGCAAGAGUGGCAAGAAAAUGAGAUCAGGAUGCUGAUGGAAAGGACGAGGAAACGACAGUACUAUGAGAGCACGGAGAGAACGUGUAACCAAAUGAUAUCGUCUCUCGCGGUGACUCUGAGAAACUCUGUCGUCAAAGAAAUCGACACGGAGAUAAUCAUAAAUCAACUUAGAGACGGCUCGGCCGACAAGCUAACGUCCUGGAGUCAACUGAAGGUGUUGGCGAUCACGCGAUCGGCCGUAAUAAUUUAUUCUUAUACUAUGCUAGUUACAUUUCUUAGAAUUCAGCUCAAUUUGAUUAGCGGACAUAUGUACAAAGGUGUGCAGAAUGUGGAUAAUGGGACUAUCGGCAGUGAGGUACAGGCAAGAUACAUGGCUCUUUCUAGUUAUUUUCUAUACGAGGGCAUUAAAAAUUUGAGCAGUUUCAUAAAGAGUAAAGUUGGUGAAGUCACAGCUUCGUUGUCUCUGACGCAGCAGUUAACGUUGAGAGAUUUAGAACAAAUUUAUUGGGCAGUUACAUCAUCCGUGUCGGCCGACAGUUCGAGAGAUCCUGUGAAAAAUUUCACUUACUACACGUUGCAACAUGAUAUUGAAAACAGCGACACAUCUACCUAUUCGAAGCUAAGGGAUCAGAUGCUAGAUGUGUCGGAGAGCGAAGAAGUCCAGGAUUUAAUGCAGAAAAAUAUCAGAAGUGGAUUUGUCUUAUUGAUGGAUCAUAUAGCUGCAUACUUCACUGAAUACCUUCAUCCUUCUAAAACUGUUGGUGUAAAUAAAACAUCGCUUUUGGGAGAAUCGAGCGCUGAAAAUCCGACUUUAAUGAGGGAAGGAGCUGCAAAUGAUUUGAAUGGAUUUGUAGAUGUUAACAAAACCACUAUGGCCUUGGCCAAGAUUAUUCCUAUUAUAAAUGGGCAGAUUCCGGAUAAUCCAACGCCAAACGAUUUAGCGGCGGAUUGGCUUCAACGUCUGAUGCUAAAUAGUGAUUUUAAAACACUCGGGGCGAAUCUUUACGAAGCAGUCAGCUAAAGUCAGUUAAUUAUGGGUCAAUAUUUUAGAAAUUAAGCGGGAGACUUAUUGAUUGUACAGUUGCCACAGUUGGUAGAGCAAUCAAGACUUCUUUGCAGCAACCAUAUAAUUUUUCUUGAAUUUUUUUUAUAGAUUUCUUUGCGUGUUAGAUACAAGGUAUUUUGUACUGCAGGGAAUUUUCUUGUAUAUAUCUUUAAGUUAAAAUACAUGGUUGACGGCUUUAUGUUUUCAUUAAUCUCAGGAUAAAUAUAAUUAUCAAAUAAACAUAAUAGUGGACAUCCCUAUGUUUUAUGAGCAAACACUUGAAUGGAGCGUCUCGCUAUUGAGAACGAUGGGUACGAUAAUGAAAAAAUUGUUUCAACAAACGGCAUUGCUAUUACUACAUAAGGUACAUAUAAGCAAAAAUCUGUUUUAAAUUAAAUUGUAUUUAAUAAUGGUAUGGUAUUUUUUAAAUACAGUAAUAAAAUUUCAUUGUUUUGA